AAUGAGCAGCGCGCCCCAGGCCACGCACUACUUUCGUGCAACGCAUAAAGGAGAAGACCGGCUCCACUCAAACGACGCACGAACGCCCUCCCUGCAUUUUCUGGAUUGUUUUAAAUAUUGCAGUGCACUUUAAUUACGAGACUGGGGGUUCGCAUCUGUGCUGUAAGGAAAGAAAUGAAAUACAAUACAUUGUGGAUUCCUGUCAUUUUGUCCUUUGUCAUUUUAACUUCUAGAGUUGGAGGAAGCGGAAUCCUUGAAGAUGACUUCACUGAAAAACCUCCUACGACGGAGCCCAGUGAGGCGGACGGCUCACUCUCCCUGGUUAAGUUCAACAUGCGGAAGUCUCUGGACCUGGACGAGGACGGCUGCUACCUGCAGCCGGGUCGACGGGAGUGUCUGCAGGAGUGUGGCUUUAACGCCACAGCGAAGACUAUCCUGGUCAUCCACGGCUGGACGAUGAGCGGCAUGUUCGAGAGGUGGAUGCACCAGCUGGUUUCGGCUGUGCAGCAGAGGGAGACCGAGGCCAACGUGGUGGUGGUGGACUGGAUCCUCCUGGCGCACCAGCUCUACCCCGACGCCGUGAACAACACCCAGAUGGUGGGGCGCGACAUCGCGCUCCUCCUGGACUGGCUCCAGGACGAGGUCCAGCUGCCUCUGGAGAGGGUUCACAUGAUCGGGUACAGUCUGGGCGCACACGUGGCUGGAUACGCAGGGACCUUUGUGCGGGGGACUGUUGGCAGGAUCACUGGACUGGACCCCGCCGGGCCCAUGUUUGAGGGUGUGGAGUCGGACCGGCGGCUGUCCCCGGACGACGCGGACUUCGUCGACGUGCUCCACACAUACACGCGGGAGACCCUGGGCUUCAGCAUCGGCAUCAAGCAGCCAAUCGGGGACAUCGAUAUCUACCCCAACGGCGGCGACGUGCAGCCCGGCUGUAGGCUGGGAGACGUGCUGUCCACCGCGGCUGCAGGGAACUUAGUAGAUGUAAUGAAGUGUGAGCACGAGAGGGCGGUGCACCUGUUCGUCGACUCUCUGCUCGACAAGGACCACCUGAGCUUCGCCUACCAGUGCACGGGGCCCGACCGCUUCAAGAAGGGCAUCUGCCUCAGCUGCCGGAAGAACCGCUGCAACAACAUGGGCUACAACGCCAAGAAGAUGCGCAAGAGGAGGAACAGCAGGAUGUACCUGAAGACUCGGGCCGACACACCUUUCGCAGGCUACCACUACCAGAUGAAGAUGCACGUGUUCGACAGGAAACACGCUAAAGAUGCGGACCCCUCUUUUACUGUGCAACUGUACGGGGCCCACAAUGACACCGGAGACAUCAGCGUGGAAGUGCUUGACCGAGUUGGACUGAACUUUACGAACACCUUCCUGGUCUUCACGGAGAAUGAGAUCGGAGACCUGCUCAAGAUCAAGCUGUCCUGGGAGGGGGCGUCCCAGUCCUGGGGCUCGAUGUGGAAGUCUCUGAAGAGCGCGUGGUCCUGGUCCAGCGCCACCGGCAAGCAGGAGCUGCAGGUCCGCCGAAUCCGGGUCAAGUGUGGAGAGACCCAGAAGAAGUUCACGUUCUGUGCUGAAGACCUUGCUGCCAUUGACAUCGCCCAGGGGGGUCAUCUGACGUUCGUGAAAUGCCGAGACGGCUGGGAAGUGAAGCCCAGAAAAAGAUUGCACUAUUGAGUCUAGAUCAUGUACUUGUCCAGCAGCCAGGAGCCACUGUUACUGAAAGGGACCUGUGCCAGCACCAGGAGAGAAGCACUUUGAGUGCACAGUCUGGGGGGGGGGGGGGUGUGUUGUCUGAUUGGCUGCUUCAUGACACGGACCUCACGGUCCAAUAGCAUGGGACACGUUUGCCCUGGGGCAGGCCACGGGCAGAUGGUCACAUAAUUGAUGAAGGAAGCACUGCUCGACCAAGUUCUAUUUCCUGCCUGGAGGCACCUUACGGAAACAUCUCAACUGUUACACUCCGUCUUGGCCGCGCAAGAUCUGAUUGGAGACAACACUGACGAGGCCCCAAUGGCCAGACGCGCACACGCACACCCAUGUGGAAAUGCACACGUGCUUGUCGCAGAUGCUGCAUACGUGUGCGGGAUAUGACUGACCUGUUGACAUUUCGGGGGGGAGUAUUGUGAACGUCGCUCAAUGUGAAAAACACUGUACAAAUUAAGUGUAUUGUAAAUCUACAGGAUUCAUGUGUUGAUCUAUUUUUCAGUGUACUAUAAUUUAUUGUGUGCCAUGACGAGUGGUUGUAUGUUUGUUUAUAAUGUAAAUACCUCUUUUUGAAAAUUAAAUUGUUCACCUGUUUGUAA